AUGGGCGAUAAUUGGGAUGACGACGAUUUUGAGCCUGAGGUUCAGUCUCUUGCUCCCCCACCUCCGGUAGUCGACACAGUUCCUGAACCUGCACCAGCGGUGGCACCCCCUCCGGCAGCAAAGACGCAGAAGAAGACCAAUGCUCUCAAUAUGGAAAGUUUUUCUCGGGAAUUGUCAGCGGCAGAAAGAGAGGAGAUGCAACGACGGCAAGAACUUGCGCUUACGCUGGAGAUGUUCGGAGGUUGUUUUUUCUUGCGAGUUCUAUGCGUCUUCAGAGAGUCUGUCGCUAUCAUUAAUUAUUUUUUUUAUUAUCUAGAGAAGCCAUGUACGGGCGACGAGCGACCUUACAGUGAUAUCCUUACGAAAGACGAAUUUGAGGACUGGGGACUAAAAGUCGGCACAUUCUUGGCAACGCGGCAUAAAGCAGCACAUUAUGGUGAUAUGCUUAACAAACUUAUUCAAACUAUCACAGAGAAUCUAGAAGCGUCCGAACUACGAACUAUGUCAAAUUAUUUGAAAACUCUUGCUGACUCAAAGAAGGCGGCUGAUAAGGUCAAACCGGCUCCUGGCACAAAGAAAGCACCAAAAGCGACAUUGAAGGUUACUAAAGCUAGCAACAAGAAGGUUUAUGACGAUUACGAUGGAGCAGAUGACUAUGACGACUUCGACGACGACGAUUUUAUGUGA